AAUGUUUUAGGGACACCAUACGUUACCUCAUCCGGAUAUCUGUAUCUACCAAAAACUUUGGCUUUUUAGAGAAUAAAGGAAGGAAAAAUGAGCAGUGGAACUGGGAUUUUGAGUUUCUUAGAUCCGGAUUUAUCAUGCUAUGUUGAUGCUCUUCAUCAGCCAGAUGCUGAGCUCGGUGUUCUUGGAGGAACAAUUCGAGUUGUCGAACCUAAAUGCGGGAGGAUCACCCAAAACCCAAGGAACAGCUGUGACAGGUUCAAAGUUACCAUUCCUUAUGGUGGGAACUCACUAACAUGGCAAGUGAUCUUUGAUAGUUUACACCCAUCCCUCCCGCCUGAUUUUAUCUUUGAUGCUCCUGACCGAACUUUUGCUCCAGAUCUUGACCAGCUCAAGUGCUUGGUGAAUUGGGACCACACCGAACCGAAGUCUCUAGUGUUUGCAUUGAGAGAGCUUCUAUCCCAGUACAAAACAUAUCAAGAAAAUCUACUUUGCAGCAAUGCCAGGCUUCAAUUUGAAUAUGUUUCCUUGAUUGAAACCACCCAGUUUAUAGACAUCGAAGUACACCAAAUCCAGAAAUCAUCCUAUGCAAGAGAUUCAGUUGUCAAUUUCUUGAUCAAAUUACCAGUGGACUUCAAGGACAUUCCAGCGUUUCUCAUCAAGGACAAUCCAGGGGAUGAUAUAGCCAUUCUUUUAGUUAGUUUCCAAGGUAUUGAUGGCAACAAGGUGUCUCCUCAACUCUUCCUUUCACCGAGGGUAGAAAGAGCAUUGGGAGGAACAGCAAGUCUUAGAAUUCCGGCUUUCUCAAAUCGGAACCACCUGACUGAUUACACAGGACACAUCCUUGAACUCUUACAAAACCUGGUGGAGCAAGUUGUUAAAGGAUAUCAGAAGAGGAAGGAAUUUGUUGCAGCACUCCUAAGUCAUUAUGGAAGGUCAUCUCUUGAGUAUGACUCUGAGGGAUUCAGCAAAGCCUCCUUCUUAUUUGAAAUGCAGGAUUUUCAUUUCAUAUUACAUGUGCGGAUACCCAGUUUCUUUCCUCGAGAGCAGCCAGAGUUUGUUUUCCAGUCGGUCUAUCACACCACGUCAUUAGGGAAACCAUUCCAAGCCGUGGUGUCUAACUAUCCGUACAGCCCACGAUGGAGUGGCAACGAGAUGGCUGAAAGAGCAAAAGUGUUCAUGGAGCAGUACGUCCAGGAUUUUAAGAGAUCAUCGGUGACAAGCGGACGCUUUACUUGAUGUAACUUCCCCCAAUAAACAAUGUAUUUAGGACUAUAUAAGAGAGCUGCACCAUUUGGUAGAUACUUUAUGUAACUUCUGAAGGUUUCCAUGGUGAAGAAGAAGAGUGGAGUGGUUCACGGUACACCAUGUAUUCUUUCGUAGAUGAAUAUCAAUAAUGAUAAUAUUCCACUUUUAUAUAGCGCUUAAUACAUCGGAACGACGUGUCUAAGCACUUCACAGAUAUAUUAUUACCCCGGUCAUCGGAUUCAAUCAGUCAUUCCCGCACACAAUGUGUGCACAUCCUCCACUCCCUGGGGAGUAUUCCAGUCAGUCGCCGGUGAGGCGCACACAGUACUGGACAAGCUACGAUGACUUUCAUAUCCUACCGGGUUCCCAUUUAGCAUCUGGGUCGAGAGUGGCAAAGUGUGGAUUAACGCCUUGCCAAAGGAUGCUAGACCGCAGUGGGAUUCAAACAGAUGACCCUCUGUUUACAAGGCGAAAGUCAGAACCACUACACCACAGCUCUUCCAGACGUGUUCUGGUACAGUCUGUUGAGGAAUUCAAGAGGGCUUUGAUGAAAAGGGGCACUCAAUAGAGGAUUACUCAAGGAUUCAUCAACUGUUUUAAUGAAAAAAAAUGAAAAUCCAUAUGUUAUUGUUCAAAAUAGAAAUCUGAAACAGAAAUACUCAAAAUUUUCAGUUUGCCCAAUUGAUCGUGGGCCCGGCAGCCACUGUGUAGCACUAGAUUGACGUUGCUCCAUCCCCUCAAUCGUUGAACGCCGAACAGGGUAGCAGAAACUCCCAUCUUUUAAAACAUCUUUUUGGUCUGGCACGGCCGUGGUUUGAACUCCCAACCUCCCGGUUGUGAGACGGAUGCUCUACCAACUGAGCCAACACACCGGUUAUCAUCAAUGUUUCAUAAUGAAUUAACCUUGAUACGUGAAGGGCUCCACUUGGCAUCUGCUCAUUGAAAAAACAUCUUCAUAUCCUAUCCGACGGUUACCAUAGUAACUGUCAGACUCCUGUGCUUCUCAUCCAAUCAAAAUCAAGGAAAGUUAUCUGAUCUGAUAACUUUUCAGAAGACAAAUGUUGAUGAAAUGCCUGAGAUUGUCAUAACUGUCUAUGCAGUCCCCCCCCCCCCACCAUACCCACUCUUCUCCACUGACAUUGGAUUUUAAUGUAAUCCCAGAAGAAACUGGAAAGGAAAAUUUUGGACUUUUUUUUUCAACUUGUAGGCCUACUGGUGUAUAUUUUAUUGUAUAUACAACAUAUUUCCCUAAAAAUUCCCUAAAUAUACAGGAAAAUGAGCCAACAACUUAAUAGGCGGGAGGCAUGGCAUACAUGGGAAAAUUUGUAAAAGCUGUGAGCGAGUAAACUGAGCGAGCAAAAUUGUUUACCUUUGUACAUGUAAUACAAAAUCAAAUUUUGUGAUAGAUUUAGACACAAUAUUAAAAUAUGACAAAAAAACUUGGCCUUGAGAUGGUGCUGUAAGGCCGAGGCCGAGCAUCAAGGCGCGACGACACUGGUACAUAAAAAGUUUUCUAACCCUCACCCCUCCCCUGCUCAUAUGAGACAGACAUCUAAUAAUUGCUUGGUUGAAGUCUUUUAUAAGAUUGCGUGAUGUAAAUGUCUGUUUCAAUGCAAUGCCGUAUUGAAAUUAAGACAAGUAUUCAUACUUCGCAUUGAGGUAUCCCCACAUGCAUUGAGUAAACUCUCGAUAAUUGCACAGAACAUAUAUAUAGUACUGAUAAUUAUUAAUGCUAGGUGGCUUUACUGGAUCACUAUGAAUUAAAAAGAAUCUCCCCUUAAAAGUGCAAUAUUUCCCAUUAAAAUAAAAAUGUUUCCUUUAUGUAAUUUGUUUAUUUUGUUCCAUUUGCCAAUGCAUGUCAUGUGUAAAUUAAAUAUUACUGGGAAGCGGAGACCCCUCUUUUCUUCCCACUUCCCUGUUAAAAUUAUACUCUCUCGAGAUGAUUGAUGUGUAUGAGGAUUUGGUCUAACAUUGGCUGCUUCCCUAAAAGAUGGUUUCUCUCGUAAUCAUACUCUAUUCUGUACUUGGUACUUUUUCCACUUCAGAUACUAUUUUUGUUGUCUUUAGGAACAGAUUCUACUUUAGAAGUUAGUCAAAUAUCUAAAGAAUUAUAUGAUGCAUGUUGGAAGGUUUAAUACUCUUAUACCAUAAACAAUGUUAUUAUCCAAACUAGAGCAUAAUGUUAUAUUUGCAAGCCUUGUGUAUCAUGAUUGUUUAACUCCAUUUAUUACUUUAACUUUGUUUUAAAAGUUGUUGAGUAUAGAGAUGUUUUCCAAGUUUGGUCUUCACAAGAAAAUAAUUAGUGUCAUUUAUGACUGUCAGUAAAGGCAUUGUUGAAGAAUCUGAUACAAAGAAUUAGACCUUAUCAGACUUCAUUAGGCUACUGGUUUAAGCGAAUGAAGAUUGUUUGUAUUACAUGAAAUAAAAGAUACAUGAUAAAGUUGGAAGAUUUGCUUAUGCAAAUUAUUGUUAUUAUGUUUGUGUUCAACUGUAAUGGAUACAGCUGUAUAAAGUACUAUUUGUUUGUAUUUUUAUUAAAGCUAUGCAUAUAUUAUUCACAGAAUUAAAAAAAUAUAUACCUUCAA